AUGUUCAGAUUAAACAGCCUACGUGGAAUCAACAGACGUCUUGUCGAUGUCUCCACCAAAAGACUCUUCUCCAACGCUCGUCCUCGUCUCAACAAGUUGUCGACAUCAGCAGAAUCACAAUUACUAACAGCACAAAGAGGUAACAGACCAAUCUCCCCACAUCUAACCAUCUACCAACCACAACUGACCUGGUACUUGUCGUCAGUCCACAGAGUGAGUUGUAUUGCAUUGGGAGCCUGUUUCUACCUGGUCACGAUCUCCUUUGGUCUGUCCAGUCUGUUGGGAUUGGGUCUAACCGCCGACUCGUUUGCCAACUGGUACAACUCCUGGUCUUCCACUUCGCAAUCUCUAGUGAAGGGUGCAUUCUCCUACUUGUUUGCGUUCCAAUUCACAUUAUCCAUCAGACAUUUCAUGUGGGACAUGGGUAAAGGGUUGAGCUUGAGCGGUGUUUACCGUUCUGGUUACACUGCCAUGGCGGUUGCCACUGCUUUAGGUACUUACUUGUGGUUAUAG